AUGCAAUUCGUCUUGUUUGCUAUUGAAAAGAUCCCUGAGCGUGAUAUACAAGUUGGAGCUGACGGACUACCUCUGGGCGCUCUUCAUCUGAUACCUCCUGACAGGCCUGUUUCGAGCCCCACUCGUUCAAAGGAGCGCAUCAGGACUGUCAGUUCAGGAGGAACAAAAGACGAAAAAGAAGAAGAAGAAGAAGAAGAUGGGGAAGAAGUAAAGGAAGAAGAAGAUUUAAAAAAAGACAAAGCUAGCUGGCUGAGCGAUGAAUAA